AAUCAUGCAGUCGGCGGCGUUCUCGCGUGGUCGGCGGCGACUGCUGCACUCGGCAGUGGCCACUGGCAAGUACUCCGCACGCUCGGCAAUGACAGGAUCGAGAAAUUUUUUCGUAAAUACCACAUAAAUAAACCGAUUUUUGUCUAGCGAAUACUAUAUUAUUCUUUGGAAUCGUGGUUCCAACAUUUUUCCCUACUCUCGCUUGUCGUCUAUCUUUAACGGGAAUGCCUCAAAAAUGUCUCUAAAGUUGGGGCGCUCCGAAAACGACAUUUUUGACAAUCUACUUGCGAAAUUCUGCUUUUAUCAUCCUACUGACUUUUGUUAAUUCAAUUAAUAAAAUAAUUCCCUUUUUUUUUUUAACCAAAAUGCUUUGUUUAUACUUAGACAAUCUUUUAAAGACGAGUGGCAAUUAUGCGGUCGGCGGCGUUCUCGCGUGGUCGGCGGUGACUACCAUGCUCGGCGGCGGUCAGCAAGUAUCUCGCGCGCUCAAUAAUGACAGGAUCGAGAAAUUUUUCGUAAAUACCACAUAAAUAAACCGAUUUUUGUCUAGCUAAUACUAUAUUAUUCUUUGGAAUCGUGGUUCCAACAUUUUUCCCUACUCUCGCUUGUCGUCUAUCUUUAACGGGAAUGCCUCAAAAAUGUCUCUAAAGUUGGGGCGCUCCGAAAACGACAUUUUUGACAAUCUACUUGCGAAAUUCUGCUUUUGUCUUUUUUUUUUUUUUUUUUUUUUUUUUAAUUUGUUAAUUUAACUAACUUUCCAAAGUUCCAAAAAUAUACAUAUAUAUAUAAUAAAAUUUUUUUUUUUAAUGUACAUUUUGUUUGCGUCUAGGUGUAUUCUCAACAUGAGCGAGAGGGUAACAAGAUCGCAGAAACAACCCUUAGAGCCAGGGUUGAAAUUAUUUCAGCGCAAACGGGCUACGGACGGGCGUCCAGAUCUGAAAGGACUGUAUGAUCAUUUGGACGAGAUCUAUUUUAAUAAUGAGCUCGCAAAUGCGGGCUAUACGUUUCACUGGGGGCCGAAGAUGCCAUCCGCUUCGGGGUGCACGGAUUUGCCUAGGCGCGAGGUGCGCAUAAACUGGGAAGUACACAGCAUGCUUCCUGAAGAAGAUCUGAUCGGGACCAUGCUGCACGAGAUGAUACACGUGAAGCUAUUCCGGGAGAGGAAGGAUUUCGAUAGCCUCAAUCACACUGAGGUAUUCCAAAGAGAAGUGGACCGUAUCAAUGCCAUUGGACCCUAUCGAGCGGACAUUAUUCACCAUCUUCCACAGAGAGUGACUAACCAACUAUAUCCGUACGUAUGGAGAUGUACAAGCUGUACGUACAAGUUGCGGUUAUCAAGCUCUCUGAUACCUGGUCCGAGAUAUGUCCAUUUUGUGCGUGGGCAAAAAGUUUGCGACAACCCCUUGUGGGUCAAAGUCAAAUAAUUGAGUCAAAAAAAAACACGGCCCU